AUGGGCGGCUUCUAUAUGCAGUACCUUGAAAGUGGGGCGGAUUGCAAAACACCCAUGGAGUUUGAUGGUGAGAAAGGGGCUAUCCGAACCCCUGUAUUGUGGCGGCUGGAGGAGAAAUAUCGUGAUGCACUCAUUUCGGCCCUCUCCCUCUCCCUCGCCCUCUUCUCUCCUCGCCGCGUACCGCGGCUGUACCUGCAGCUAGGCGCAUUUCCCCGCCCGCCCUAUAUCGGAAGUCUCUCGAUGUGCCUGCGGGACCCGGUGGGACGGUCGAGCACGGGGACGUUGGGCUGGGAUGCAGGGUUUCUAGGUGUCGAUGUUCGAGACUUUGGGACGUCUUGCCGCACGGUGAUGCCACACUCCGCUGGCAGCUAUGCUGGUCUCUGCCGACGACGCGGGUGGCAGGAUCCCACGUACGAGUGCUACCGUGACUCGAGCGGGUUCACCUGCCUGGUUCUGGUCAAUGGCCGCGAAUAUCAAACGGAUCUUGCCUACGAAUCGGAUGCCCUGGCCCAGGAGAACGCCGCCAUGAGGGCGUUCAUGGUGUGCCGGAACUUUUCGGUCAAUGGGGGCAUGCUCGCUCGCAAUGGCAUUGUCCAGGGCCUCCCGGCAGAGAAUACUCGCCGCACCACGAAAACCCUCCACGCAUCUUCUGGCCAUCGGGACGCCCACCGACCUGGAAACCACUCGAGCAGCAGCUCUACCGCGUCUUUCGAGUGA